ACCCUUGCCGCAUGCGCGCUGCCACCCCAUGGCGGCCGAGGGGGCGCGGCGCGGCUGCGCAGCGCGGUGAGCGGCGGGCUCCGCGGCAAGCAUGGCCGGGUACAGCGUGGAGGAGCGCGCCGCGCCUCACAGCCUGGAGUACCGGCUCUUCUUCAAGGAUGCCGCCGGGUGUUACAUCUCCCCCUUCCACGAUAUCCCCAUCUACGCGGAUGCCGGCAAGAAUGUGUUCAACAUGGUUGUGGAAGUACCUCGAUGGACAAAUGCUAAAAUGGAGAUUGCAACAAAGGAUCCUUUAAACCCAAUUAAGCAAGAUGUGAAGAAAGGAAAACUGCGCUAUGUAGCUAACGUGUUUCCCCAUAAAGGUUACAUCUGGAAUUAUGGUGCUAUUCCACAGACUUGGGAAGAUCCAGGUCACAAAGAUGAAAAUACUGGCUGCUGUGGAGAUAACGAUCCAAUUGAUGUGUGUGAAAUUGGAAGCAAGGUCUGCUCUCGAGGAGAAGUCAUCAAGGUGAAGGUGCUGGGCACUCUGGCACUGAUUGAUGAGGGAGAGACAGACUGGAAGAUAAUUGCUAUCAACGUUGAAGACCCUGAAGCAGGCAGCUAUAAUGAUAUCAGUGAUGUCAGAAGGAUGAAACCUGGGUACUUAGAAGCUACAGUGGACUGGUUCAGAAGAUACAAAGUACCUGAUGGAAAGCCAGAAAACCAGUUUGCUUUUAAUGGCGAAUUUAAAGACAAGGAUUUUGCUGUGAACGUCAUUAAAAGUACUCAUGAACACUGGAAAGCUUUAAUAGCAAAGAAAACGGACGGAGGAGAGAUCAACUGCACAAACCUGACGGUGUCAAACAGCCCCUUCUGCUGUAGUCAAGAGUGUGCAAAAGCUACUGUGGAUGCCGCACCACCAUGUAAAGCUGCCAACCCAAUCCCACCCGAAGUUGACAAGUGGUUCUACUACCAGAAAAACUAAGGCCUGAGACAGCUCUGUCCUUCCCACUAAGGAGUCACCACAUGCAGGAAUAGGCCAGAAACAGCUUCAGUGUCAACACCGAGGAGACAUUGCCUGUAUCUUUGCUGAUUAGAAUUCUAUAUCUAGCAGUGAUGUGUCUGCUGCACUGAGGUCUUGUGGAGGCUAGAAGACAUAAUUUAUAAAACCACAACGCCCUGCUUGCGCAUGGUUGUGUGCUCUACUUCAUAAACCCUGACAGAAGAUCACUCACCUGGUACGUGUAUGGAUGCUAGAAAUAAAAACUACUGAAACAGC